AGUGGCUAACAGGAAGCUACAUAAUGAGGGCACAUUGAGGCGCAGGAAUUGGCAAAGAGCAACGAGUCCAAAUAUUGCUCCUUACAGUCGUUACUACUCCACCUAAUACAGGAGGAAAAAGCAGUCGGCCGCCCGUGUAUGAAGACGAGUCAGAGGCAGCUAUGUCUUCAGCGGUGGAUCUCAAGACCAAGGAGGAGAAGGACGCCGAGUUGGACAGACGGAUCGAAGCUCUUAGGAAGAAGAACGAAGCUCUGGUCAAGAGGUACCAGGAAAUAGAGGAAGACAAGCAGAAGGCAGAGCAGGAGGGCAUCGCUGUGACAACACCCCGGAAGCCCCGCCCCCAUGAGGCUGAGACGGACAGGAGGAAGGCGGAAAAAGAGAACUUCUCUGUCACAGUCGACCUUUCUAAGCCGACGGGGGACAAGAGAGUCGUGAACGACUGGAAACCUGGAACGCCCCGCGGCCGGAAGACAUCUGAGGAGAGCGACGGCCACCGAGGGUCGCCGAACGAUGGCGGCCACCGAGGGGGGCCAAACGAUGGCGGCCACCGAGGGGGGCCGAACGAUGGCGGCCACCGAGGGGGGCCAAACGAUGGCGGCCACCGAGGGGGGCCAAAUGAUGGCGGCCACCGAGGGGGUUCGAAUGAUGGCGACCACCGAGGGUCGCCGAACGAUAGUGGCCACCGAGGGGGACCGAACGAUGGCGGCCACAGAGGGGGGCCAAAUGAUGGGGGCCGGUGGGCGAACGACGGCGGCCACAGAGGGGGAUCGAACAACGACGCCCACAGAGGGGGGCCAAAUGAUGGCGGCCGGUGGCCUAACGACAGCGGUCACCGAGGAGGGCCGAACGACAGCAACCGGGGAGGGCCGAGUGAUGGCCAUAGCCCCCCCAGGAGGACGAGUUCUGGACGAAUGGAUCGGGGAGGUCAGAGAAGAGGAGGAGGAGGAGGAGGAGGAGGAGGAGGAGGAGGAGGAGGAGGAGGAGGCGGCCGUCGCCAGGAGAGAAGAGAAUGGGAACCUCGCACACCCAAAGAUGGAGAACCUGGGGAGUCAGGAGGUCCGGGACGCAGAGGAGGAAGGAGAGGAAGAGGAGGUGGUGGAGGUGGAGGAGGAGGUAGUGGGGCUGGUGGUGUUAGUGGAGAAGAAGAAGGAGGAGGCGGGACACCAGGUGGCACGGACAGGAAAUCCAAGGAAUGGGAGGAGAAGAGGCGACAGAACAUUGAAAAGAUGAAUGAAGAGAUGGAGAAAAUAGCAGAGUAUGAGCGAGGACAGCGGCCGGAUGGAGACAAGCCAAUCCGUAACUUCCUGGACGACCCGAGGCGUUCGGGCCCGGCACCAGACAUCGACCGCAAAGAGGGCAGCAGGAGACAUGUACGAAACUGGGGAGGGCUGGACUUUGAUAACGUGAAGACAGGAGCCGAACUGGAGAAGGAGUGGACUAGCCGAAGGCCCGGACCAAAAGGCUCCAUGGACAUGACCAUGUCCAUGACUGGCCGGGAGAGAGCGGAGUACCUGCGCUGGAAGAAGGAGCGUGAGGCGAUUGACGAGGAGAGACUAGCGCGCCAUCGUAACGCCACGGGCCAGUGGAAACGAGAGUGGGACGCACAGAAGACGGAGAACAUGUUCAAGGAGGACGCAUAUGUGGCCUCGGAGGGCAUCACACCCGAUCAAGGCAGCAGGAGAGCCCGGGGGCGUAACUGUCGUACAGAGCCUCGGGGCAGGGCCUCAGACGACGGCAAGCGACCUCCGAAAGCGUCUUCAUUUGGUGACUUCCUGUCCCAGGGCAGGACCCCGGGGCAGCGAGGCGACCGGGGAGGAGGGAGGGGCCGAGGACAGAAACCGAGCUACAGCAUGCAUGAUAACCGCUGGGAAGGAGAAAAGGAAGAGGAGGAAAAGGAGGACAAGAUGAAGAGAGAGGAGAAGCCUAAAAAGAAGGAGAAGGAGGAAGAAAAAGCCAAACCUCCCGCAGCACAGAAGGCGGAGCCGAAGAACGCAGAAGAUGACGACGAAGAAUGGGAGGAUGCCAGUGAAGGAGAAGACGACGAAGGGAGCGACUUGGAACACGACUCCAGGGGCGACGAGAAGAAAGACACCGGGAAGGAGAAGCCAGCCAAGGGCAAAGACAACUCCCCUACAUCUCCCCCACCUCGUUCUCGACCGCCAUCCACAGGAAGCCCCAAAGAUCAGAGGCCUCCCAGGCCGAAGGUCCACAUCCCACCCCCGGCAGCAGUUCAGGAGUCCCCAGAGGGAGGCAAGCCCCUCAGCCCCUUCUUGCCCCUGGAGAGCCACCAGCCUGUGUCAGACUGGGGGGAGGAGAUGGAGAUGCUGUCACCCCGCAGCAGCAUGGGAGGCGAGAGCCCACUGAAACCCCCCAGCGUGGAGGCCAGCCCACCCCAGAACAAGAAGGAAGAGGAAGAGGAAGAGGAGGAGGAGGAGAAGGAGAAGGAGAAGGAGAAGGAGAAGGAGAGCAAAGCUGUCAGCUCCAAUGAACCUGCUGAGCCACAGAAAGAGGAGGAUACAGCCAUAGACGUCUCCUCUGCUUCACAAAACACUAAAGCCAAGCAGACUGUGAUGGUGUCAGAACCAGAGUCUGUUCCCACAGACUCCCCCGCUGCACCGCCAUCGGACGCCGCCCCAACUGAGGUUUCUUGCUCCGCCCUCUCUGAGGUCAGCGAGGCUGCCGUGGCGAUGGACCAGGAUACACCUGCUGCUCCAUCACAAGAGGACAAACUGGACACCCCUCCCCCUCCAGCCGCCCUGGAGGUGGACGGUAGCUCUUCUGAAGAGGAGGAAGAUGAUGACACGCCGGCUGCUGGGACCGCCGCUGCUCAGACAGCAGAGGAAGUUGAGACCUCGGAGUCAGAGUACUCAGAGUCAGAGACCUCGGAGUCGGAUCCGGAGUCGGAUCCGGAGUCAGAGCCGGAGUCGGAGCCGGCAUCCUCGGAGCCGGCGUCCUCGGAGCCGGCGUCCUCGGAGCCGGCGUCCUCGGAGCCGGCGUCCUCGGAGCCGGCGUCCUCGGAGCAGGCGUCCUCGGAGCCGCCGUCCUCGGAGCCGGCGUCCUCGGAGCCGGCGUCCUCGGAGCAGGCGUCCUCGGAGCCGGCGUCCUCGGAGCCGCCAUCCUCGGAGCAGGCGUCCUCGGAGCCGCCACCGCCGUCCUCAGGCUGAAGCUGCUGGGGACAGAGAGGCUCAUUUCUGCUGCGAUGGAUGAAGAACGUGUUCAUUGGAUCAGUGGCCACCACACAUCUAAAGAAAUGAAGGACAAACAUAUAAAUGAUCCUGCCAUCGUCAUGAGGAGGGUCGGCAUCACUGGCCUGGCGCUCUCGCUCAGCUGUUUCUUUUGGGUCAGUGGGUCUGAUAACCUCUGGGCCGCAGCCAUGUUUUGAAGAUAUGGAGAGAAAAGUCUCACAUCAUUGAAUUGAAUUGAAUUUUUUUUUAAUGUUCUCGCUUUGGGGUGUUGAGGUUUUUUUGCACUGGGAAAAUGAAGCGUUAUCCAAUUUGGUCAACGUGUAGAUAUGUUUUCACUCAUUUAAAGAAAAGUCACUUUGACACCCUCCGGUGAACCUCGCAGAAUCUGGCGCGGCAUUAAAUCUUCCCUGUUUUUAGAUUUUAAGUUGAUGAAUUUGAGCCUGGGAGCCGGCAUUGGCUGAGCCAGGUGAUGAGCUUCUGUCAGGACAUAUCGGUUCAUAAAAGGCUUUCGGCUGACCAGUUUGGAGGUCAAUAUCUUUUUUUAUAAGCAUACCGCUCAGCUCUCAGGAACGGAACUCGCGUGGAUCAUUUCAGUUGAAACCGAUCCCUUCAUCAAUGAUUAACCCAUUAAUUCAGCGCUCCCUUCGUUCUGUCUUGUUUCGUCACACAUUGAGACGCCUGCAUUAACAGCUGCUGUCUUUUGUUAUUUCCUCAUCAGAACAUGGCGCCAACAUUACCCACAAUGCAACUUCACCGCUGACAAGGGGCAUCACUUGAAGCAGAUUAUCAGAUUUUAUACAGCGCUACGGCGUGCCAGCGGGGGGCUGGCACGCCGUAGAGCGGUCAGAGCUACCAUGAAUAGAAUAACGGAAGCAUAUACAGUCUACAUAUACAGAUCAGUGUGAACAAGAUCAUUCUUAUGGAAAGGACCCCACAGAGAUGGAUCCUUUUGUAAAAGAGUAAAAUCCUUGUUUUACGUAUUUUAUUAACGGAUACAAUCAUGAAACGAUAGCAUGUGUCCACAUUCAGGUUACUGUCAGCGGCUAGCUGAGCGUGUUGGUGUGCCCGGCUAACGGUGGCUCCACAGGUUUGACGUGGAUGCAAACUGGACUCGUCGUGGCUGUCGCUGCAGAGCUUUUGGUUGCAGCGUCUGUUGUGAGUGACUGGUGGCCCAUCUUGGGACCUCCGUUAGUGUUCAUAAUGUGGAGAAGAGGCCCCGCCCCCCAGCCUGUCCUGCUCUGUGGCUUCAUUGUGUAACUUUGAAUUACUUAGGCUCCAUUUUAUUCUUUAAAAAGACACACUAAAGAUCCUUUCACUGCAGAUGCAUCGUGACGUUUUAAGUGUACUUUAUUUAAUGUUUUGCUGUUGUAGAAUAACUGACUUCAGACAUAAAGUUCUUUUGGUCGAAGCUUCCGCUCUGAUUAACUUCAAGGUCAGGUGUUGCUCAAGGGCGCGCGACAUCCUCCUCGUUAUCAAACGCCAAUCAUGACGCUGUUUUUAAUUAUGUAAUCGUGUCACAAUCAGACAACAUUUGAUAUUUUCCGUGACACAGACUGCGCUGUCGUUUUGUGAAUCAUGACUUGUACAGAGGAAUCUGUUCAUCUCCGUCUGAAGGGACACGCUGCCUCUCGCUGUUUUUAAGAUCACGGUUCUCGUUCCAAAAUGGCGUCAUGGUAAAUGUUUUGGCUUUACGUUCAAUAUAGUUAUUUUUGAACGGCUGCGUUUCGAGGACAUAAUUGUCUCUUCUUUGGAAAUAUAGAUUAUUGUGUUAAAUAAAAGUGGAGUAACAUGAAUUACUAAUUGAGUAAUGAAGAGUUAAUUUUGGAACGAAGCCUUCGUACCUCAGCAGACUUAAAGGGCUUUUAGUUUGUUUCCUGCCCGCGGACCCCGGGAUUAAUGGAUUGCUUUAAUGUUUCCUGUGUUGUUUUCCGUAAUAGAGGAAUAAAAAUUAUGCUUUUGGAUUGAAAGGAACUGCAAUAUGUACAGUUUUUAAAUGGGGGGGGAAAGAACAUUCCACAGUUGGGUGUAUCUGUAUAAAUGUAGCUUGUGAGCUAUGAAAAGAUACUAGUUAUUUUGGUUAGUUUUUUUGCACAUCGAUGUUUGUUUUUCUGAGCUUCGAUGACGGAUUGUAUCUAAGGCAGAGUAUAUUUCAAUAUACAUCCAUUUCUACAAUGUCUUCCUGAUUGAUGCACGAAAUUGCU